AUGUUUGCUCCUCGAUCCUCAAGGCCUGUAACUGUUGUAGCAGUACCUUCAAAAAAUCGACUUCGACGAAAAAAGAAGGGGGAAAAUGCAGCGCCCGCCAUUUCACUGGAACGUAUAUUAGGAUUAACAACCACAAAGAAUACAGGAAUUAGUAUAGCCGGGGAUUUGGUUGCCUAUGCAGCUGGUUCUGUUGUCGUGUUAUACAACCACAAAAAAAAUAAGCAAAUUGGCUUUUUACACGCGUCAUCAACAGCGUCGCCUACUCCACCCUCACAAAUACCCACAAAUACUGCACCAUCAUGGUCUGGUGCUUUUCAAAAUCGACAUACAAUAGCAAACGACGGAUUCUCGAACCCCCUGAUGAAUUCAUUGGGUAUUCUUGAUCCAACCGCUGCUGUUGGCGCAUCCUCAGCUGCUAAUUCGCCUAAAACUGCUGUCAGUAAUAAAGCGAAACCGAUAUCGUGUUUAGCUUUUUCACCGGAUGGAAAUUACCUGGCUGUUGGUGAGACUGGCCAUCAACCCAGAAUUUUGAUCUGGGAUGUUUUAACUAAAACACUAGUAAAUGAAUUAAAAGGACACAAAUACGGUGUACUUGCUUUGGCAUUUUCACCGAAUAUGAAAUAUGUUGUAUCUUUAGGAUUUCAACAUGAUGGAUAUUUAAAUGUAUGGAAUUGGAAACAAGGGAUUAAAUUAGCAUGUAAUAAAGUCACAACAAAAGUUCAUACAAUAGCAUUUAACCGGAGUGGGUCGUACUUUGUCACUGUUGGUUUAAGACACGUAAAGUUUUGGUACUUUGAUGCCAAUGGAAAUUUACCCAAAAAACCGGCAGGUCAAUCAAUACAAAAAUCAUUAGUACAGGUGUUGGAUGGACGAUCGGGAAUAUUGGGUGAUUUAAGAGACCAUAAUUUUGUCGAUGCAGUGUGUUGUCCAAAAUCCGAGCACACUUAUUUUGUCACAUCAAAUGGUUUGCUAUGUAUGUUUACCGAAGGGAGGAUGAUGGAUAAAUGGGUUGAAUUGCAGGUUAAAGGUGCGUACUCCAUAGAUGUAAGCGAACAAUAUAUUGUAUGCGCAUGCACAAAUGGCAUAAUCAGACUUUUCGAGCCAAUUACCCUCAAAUACCUGGGCACACUUCCAAAACCGCACCCACUCGGUGUAGAUCUAAGUCUACAAACUGGAAACACAUAUCAGGGAAACAGUAACCCCGACGACACAUAUCCAGAUACGAUUGCCGUAAAACUAGAUCAAGAAACGGGAAAACUGACGUGUGUGUACAGUGAUCGGAGUAUAUUUAUUUGGGAUAUAAAAGACAGUAAAAAGAUUGGAAAGUAUCGAAGUUUUUUGUAUCACUGUGAUUGUAUAUGGGGAGUUGAGAUGAUUCCGAAUAGAGAUUCAGAGACUCAAGCAUUACCAGAAAAUACAUUUGUCACAUAUUCAGCUGACGGAACCAUUCGAUUUUGGAAUUUGGAUGGAAGCACGAACAACAAUAGUAUACAAAGUCCGACUCAUAUAGAUGCUAUUAAUCCGUUAUCACCGGUCACCACAUCAGGAGGAGGGCCAUCAAUAGGAGUAAGAAGAAAUAUAUAUAGUAAAGAAUGCUUGAAAAUGGUAUAUGUCGAUCAAGACGGGACCUUUCGAAUGAGUGCUACAGGGGGCAAUCCAAGUGUUCAAGAAUUAACAGAUCCUCUUAGUUCUGAAUCGGGAAUUCGUGUAUUGAAAAUUAGUCCUGAUGGCAAAUUAAUGGCAUCAGGUGAUCGAGGAGGAAAUCUUCGAGUCCAUGACUUGGACACUUUUCGAGAGAUAACAUACCAAGAAGCGCACGAUGCCGAAAUUCUGAGUAUCGAGUUCUCUGACGGUCGUGCAACGGAAGCACCGUAUCUAAUAGCGACCGCGAGUCGAGAUCGAAUACUGCAUAUUUUUGACAUUAACAAUAAUUUCCAGUUGAUACAAACGCUGGGUGAUCAUUCUUCGUCGAUAACAGCUGUGAAGUUUACUAAUGAUGGUGGAAGAUUGAUUAGUUGUGGUGCAGAUAAGAGCAUCAUAUUUCGAAGUCGACAGAACUCCAACGAUGUUCCUUAUUAUGUUACCUAUCAUAAUAUAUCAGGACGUGCAACAGUAUUCGACAUGGACAUUGACGUUUCAAAUCGAUACAUUGCAACAGUAUCCGGUGAACGUCGUCUAAACAUCUACCACAUCGACUCUGGCAAAAACGUCCGUUCCCACAAAUCAGAUACCCCCGACGAGAUUAAUACCCCAGAUCAAGGCAGCCUUCUAAAAGUGAAUCUGGAUCCGGGCGGUGUACUCGCUGUAGCCGGCGGCUCGGACAAGAGUAUACGGUUAUUUGAUUUCGCGAAUGGAACGAUCCUUUCAAAGGCGUUGGGUCAUUCCGAACUGAUCACCGGUGCGAAAUUCACGCCGGAUUGUCAGCGUAUUGUGUCGACUUCUGCUGAUGGGUGUAUUUUCGUGUGGAAGAUCUCGGAUGAGUUGGUUGCGAAGAUGAGGAAAAAGUGGCUGGAUCGAAGUGGUGGCUUGAAUGGUACUUCGCCUACCUCUCAAGAUUUACUUGGAUCGACACCGAGCAAUGUUCAAACGGCACCCAGAACUACAAUACCGCCGGCCCAGAGACCUCAAACAAUGUUUGCUGAAGUAACGCCAAACCAAAAUGAAGAUGGCUAUCUUGAAGGACCGGAAUUUGUAGUCAGAAAAUUACAUAAAAAAUCAUUCAAUUCUCUUCCCACGCCCGAAAAUCAUCAUGAAGAUGAAAGCAACACGUCUACUACUGGAAGUAACACAACUUCCAACAAUUCUACCCCUGCUCCCACACCCACGACAACUUCAUCAUCAUCCUUACCAACCGUCACCAAUAAUAGCGCUAAUAGCAGAAGGUUAGGCUUAAAAAGACCGACAUCUUUUGCGAACGAUGGUUCUUCCUCGACAUCGCGUAAUCGACUACAAGCCCAUAUUACAAGUCGACCCGUUUCCGAUAUUUCUAUAAGUAGACUUCCACGCAUAUUUCCUAAUGCCAAUAAUGGAAAUAAUGAAGCAAGUCCCACAACUCCGCCAUCUAAAGGUAACAAUAGUAGUAAUUGCAUUAGUCCACCACCUUCACGACGUGAUUCGUGGAAAUUAAAUAUACCCGGUUGGGCAAAGAAAGCUUUUAAGGAUAAGGAAGACUAUGAUGGAGGCAUGGAUCAAGAAAAGGAAGGGAUAGAUAGUGAUACGGCAAGUAAUAGUUCUGUUAAAUCUCCGCUGUCAUCAUCAUUAACGACAAUACCACUAGUUAGAGAUACUUCAGUAAAUCUCGACAAGAAAUUACCUGCGAUACCAAGAUCAUUAACGAAUCCGAGACUUAAAUCGCAAAGUAAACUAAGACAAGAAUCUACAAAUUCAUUAUUUGAGACGGCGAAGAAACCGGAGAUCUCCGAGAAUACUAACGUUGCUCCCAGUGAAACAUCAAAUGAAGGGCUCGAAAACAUCAAUAGUGUAACCAGUGAAACAUCAUCGGUUCUUACAGAAGAUGAACUUCCAGGUGAAGAAUCUUCUUAUGAAGAUACGGAAACUUUGUUCGUUGAGACAGCAUCCGAUGAUGAAAAAUAUGUCGAAGUGCAUGCAGAAGAAGAUGACGAAAAUCAAGAAACAGUAGAAGGUGACGAUGAAAGAGAGGAUGACGACGAGGAAGAAGGAGAAAGUGGCGAUGAGAACACAAAGAAAUUAGAAAUGUACCUUCAAAGUCCCGUUGAACAAGACUUCAAAAAAGAUCAUAUUAUUAUUCGAAAUGAAAAGGAUUCAGGUGAUCAACUAGUCUAUGAACAAAAAAAUAAAAAACGAGAAAGUCUCACCUAUAAAUACCUUUCAGGUGGUCAUCAAAAGAAUUCAUCGCAAGAUUCAAGUGCUCGAAAUAGUUUGGUUGAAGCAUUUUCAAGGAUAUUUACAGGAGGAAGAAAUAGUGCGGAAAAUAAUGACAGCACUGUUAUUGAUGAAUGUGAAAGUGAAGAUCGUGCAAAUAAAAAUGCUGUUGAGCAAGCGCUGGACAUAUUGGAAGGGAAAUCUGCCGGUGGUGAGGUCGUGAGAUAUGAAGAUGAAAUAAAAAGUGAUUCGAAUAUUAACAAUGGUACCAUAAACUUGGACAUUACUACUUUAGAUGCCGUAGAUGAAAUAAGUUCACCUAUUUCAACACCACCUUCUCCUUUAAUAUCAGAGUCAUCAACUUUAAAAGAUAUCGAUGAUGACAAUAAACGUCGCAUUGAAUCCGUAUCAUCAGAUCAAAUGAAUACAGGAAAUGCAAAGACAUUUUCAGAACAAGAUGAUUUAAAAAAGGAGGAUACGGAAAUAUCCCAAGAUGAUGAUGUUGUCGAUUCUGAAAUUGAUAUUAUCAAGAAGAAUCAUAAUCAAGAAUCAAAGGAAAAUUAUGAUAGUAAUAAUGCAUCAUCAUUGAAUAUUAUAGAAGAAAGUAUAAAAGAGAAUGAUAACGUUGACAAAGGUGAUAACAAAGAACUAGAAAUCGAAAUGAAUGUUGAUUCUUCCUCGCUCACUAUCAAUGAUAAUGAGAAAGAUCCAGUUGUGUUAUCACCUAUUAAAUUGGAAAAUGAAGAUUCUCUUUUGAAUCGAUCUUCGAGCAUAGUUGACAAAGAGAAUUUAGUCGAGACAGAAGGAAUUGACCUCAACGAAGACAAAAUUAUGGAAGAUGUCUAUAACAUGACGCUAAUCACGGAACGAAUGCUUGCAGUUUACAAGAAGGCAUCUAAUUUCAAUAAUGAAAAUAUCACCAAAUUGAUAUCUGAAAGCUUGAAAGGGAUCACUGAUGAUAUACAAGAUUGCUUCGGUGUUCUGGUUAAGGAAAAAGUUGAAGCGGAAGAUAAGAAAACGAUUCAAGAAAAAAGUGAAAAGAAAGAAUUAGUAGCAGAGAGAAAACAGGAACAAAAAGACGACGAUAAAAAAAUAAUUGUUACUAUUCCGCAGCCUAUUCAACACGAAACAGCGUUUGAAGUUGCAAAUAACAUCAGUAAUAGCAAUUUGGAUGACGAAGAUGAAGGAGAUGCCGAUUCUAAUGUUUCAUAUAUGACUGCGCUGACUCAUAAUCAUGAAUCAAGCACCGUGCCAACUCCUUCCCACGCGCGAUCACUAUCUACAGCCAGCAACACAAAUAACAAUGCCUUUUCCUCAUCACCGCCAACAAACUCAUUAUCACCUUCUCUAUCACAAACACCCUAUUCUGAUAAAUUGGUGGAAAUGGUUGAAGAAAAAUUAAAUUUGAAAAAAAACAAUAACCGAAAAAAUAGUCACAACAGCAAUAGCGGUAAUAGCAUCAACAACCCUAAUGGGUCAGGAUCUAGUAAUUCUAGUGGAAUUGUCAAUGGAAUCUCGUUUUCUUCUAACAAUAUUGGGUCCGGCUCUGUUAAAGGAGUAAAAUCAAGAGGUGGUAGUAUUCCAAUUAUUGGACGUACGAAAACCUCAAAAUCACGUUUCGGAUAG